AUGGAGCUGAAAACUCAUACCCUUUCCACUGGGUGGUCUUUCCGGGACAGUGAGACAGAAGAUUGGAUGCCCGUAUCAACGGUGCCCUCCGUCGUUCAACAAGAUCUGCUUGACAACAACAAGCUCGAAGAUCCCUUUGCCGAGUUGAAUGAGGUCAAAGCACGUUGGGUGAACCAAAAGUCAUGGGUAUACCGCAACACGUUCGACAACCCGACCUUCUCCAAUGGUUCCGCAAUUGACUUGGUAUUUGAUGGCCUGGAUACCUUUGCAACGGUGAAGCUGGAUGGCCAGGUAAUCUUGCAGUCCGACAACAUGUUUCUAGGUCGCCGCGUGAACGUCACGAAGGCGAUGCAAGCAGAGGGUGAGCACACACUGGAAAUUGAAUUUAAAUGUGCCGAGAUCAAGGCUCGUGAGUUACGUGAUCAAGACAAAUCUCACAAAUGGGUCGGUUUUAACGGAGAUAUGUCUCGUCUGGCGGUCCGAAAGGCGCAAUACCAUUGGGGCUGGGACUGGGGACCGGUGCUAAUGACUGCUGGCAUUUGGCGUCCAGUCCGACUAGAAGCUUAUACCGCACGUGUGGCUGACCUUUGGCCGCAAACAUCUCUAUCGCUCGAUCAAGAGACAGCCAAGGUGACCACCACAAUCAAGGUUGAAACAACGGGGGUUAAGGAAUAUAGAGCUCGGUUUACUCUGAGUGUGCACGGAAAGGAAUUUGCGCGCCAGGACAUCCCGCUAUCGGCAAAUCAAGCCCAGGUUUCAUUUCCUGUCAAUCGCCCGGAGCUUUGGUGGCCUCAUGGGUAUGGCAAUCAGACCUUAUACGAAGUUUCAGUUUUGCUGCUUUGCGGGGAGCAAAUUGUGGAUCAAAAAAGCAAAAGGUUUGGAAUUCGAUCCGCUGAAGUCAUCCAACAACCGGACAAACAUGGGAAAUCAUUUUUCUUCCGUAUCAACGGGAUGGACAUUUUCUGUGGUGGAUCCUGCUGGAUACCUGCGGACAGUCUUUUGACCAACGUCACCCCUGACCGGUACCGCAAGUGGAUCGAGAUGAUGGUGGAGGGCCAACAAGUUAUGAUUAGAGUAUGGGGAGGUGGUAUCUACGAAGAUGCUACAUUUUACGAAGCCUGUGAUGAGCUAGGAGUGAUGGUUUGGCAAGACUUCAUGUUUGGCUGUGGCAACUACCCAACAUGGCCCUCCCUACUUGAAUCUGUGCGCCAAGAAGCGAUCUAUAAUUUAACGCGACUACGCCACCACCCGUCCAUUGUGAUCUACGUCGGCAACAAUGAAGACUACCAAGUCCAAGAGUCAGUCGGCCUCACAUAUGAUUUCGAGGAUAAAAAUCCGGAAAAUUGGCUCAAAUCUGAUUUUCCGGCCCGAUACAUCUAUGAGAAGCUGCUGCCGGAUGUGGCUUUGGAGUACUCCCCGGGGACUUUCUACCAUCCAGGCAGUCCAUGGGGUGAUGGGAAAAUCUCCUCGGAUCCGACAGUGGGAGAUAUGCAUCAGUGGAAUGUAUGGCAUGGAACACAGGAGAAGUACCAAAUAUUUGAUACUUUGGGUGGCCGAUUCAACAGCGAAUUCGGCAUGGAAGCGUUUCCGCACAUGGAAACAAUCAAAUCAUUUUCUCGAAACCCCAAGGAUCAUCACCCUCAAUCUCAAGUGAUGGAUUUCCACAAUAAGGCGGACGGCCAUGAGAGACGACUAGCGACUUAUCUGGUAGAGAAUUUCAGAUUUCCGCAUGGCGGAAGUCUCGAAGCAUACAUCUAUCAAACUCAAGCUGUCCAGGCCGAGACAAUGAUGUUUGGGUAUCGAGGCUGGCGGCGCCAGUGGGGCGAUGAAAGACAUUGCGGAGGAGCCCUGCUUUGGCAGCUCAAUGAUUGCUGGCCGACUAUUUCAUGGGCCAUUGUGGAUUAUUUCCUAAGGCCAAAGCCUGCCUAUUACGCGGUCAAGCGUGUGCUCAAUCCCAUCGCCGUUGGUGUGCGACGUGAACACCACGACUGGAGUGUGGUUCAUGCCCAGCCAGCGCUCAGCAGUCAGUAUGAAUUAUGGGUCGUCAGUAAUAAGCCUGAGACACUUCAAGGAAAGGUUGAGCUGCGGUUUAUUUCCAUUGAAACUGGAAAAGAAAUACGCUCGCCCUUGAUUCGAAACAUUUUGAUUGUAGGGAAUGGCACAACAAACGUCAUUACCGACGGCAUCAUCGAUCAUGUUGCAGAACCGGACCCUCAUGUGCUAGCUGCACGAGUGUGGGUAAACAAUGAACUUGUCGCCCGGGAUGUUGACUGGCCGCAACCUUUUAAAUACAUCAACAUCCCGACGCCGCCAAUCGAGAUUAAACGAUCGAGCUCGUCUAGAACAGACAAUGUACAGACGGUGACGAUUGCUGCGCAAAAACCGGUGAAAUGUUUGGUCUUUGAGGAGCGAGAUGGAAUCAGAUAUAGCGACAAUGCGCUGGACAUUGUCCCUGGCGAUGUGCAGCAGAUUGCCAUCACGGGGCUGUCGGCGGACGUAUCAAGCUUGACAUAUAGAUUCCUGGGACGGGAGGAGUCCGCUCAAGAGGUGUCUAUCUAG